AUGGAUUUGGACGAUUUCCGGUCGAUUAUGGAUAACGCAGGUGUCGAUGUUUGGACAUUUAUCGACACUGCGAUCCUUGUCGCGUCGCUUGAUUACGGACAAGAGCUGAAGCGGCGGAGAGAUAACAUCGUCGAGCGUCUGUACGCGACGUCGAUGGCGAACAAGUGUAGAAACUGCGAUUUCGGCGUCGGAGGAAGCGUUACGGAAGCAGCGGUUGCUAGGGUUAAUGGGAGGGUUCACGAGGAGGCGGAGGAAGAAGAAGGAGAAGCAGCAGAAGAAGAAGUGAGGGAGAAAUCUGUUAAUGGUGACGACGAUGACGAUUUCGAUCCGUUUGCUGGUUUGUUUGAUGAUGAGCAGAAGAGUAUUCUCGAAAUCAAGGAGAAGCUUGAAGAUCCUGAUCUGGUUUUUCUCUCUUGGAUUGGAUCUAGAUUAUGUCUCCUGUGUUCGGUUUUAAAGGACUGA